AAUAAACUCCCAGUCGAACGGCAGAGCGUGUCCAGACCUCUUUCUCUUGACUCACAACGCCGAGGGGUUUCUGAGUGUAGAGUGGUGAAGCUGAGUCUCACUAGCACUCUUACGUUGCACUGCCACAGCUCAGCCUGCUUCCUCCGCCUCUCUCUCUGUGCUGUUACUCAACUCACUAUGGCAAAUAGCAUUACUUUCACAAUGUGUUUGCUGUCCAUGGCAACAGCGCUGAUGUCAGUGGACUGUUGUGUGUUGAAAAGGGCGAAAGGUCCUACAAACCAGAGAGUGAAUCCUGUCACCAUCAUAGGCACAAUGGGAAGCACUGUAAGGCUCCUGGGGUAUUUGAACAGUCCAGACCAGCAUUUCUAUAAAGACGAUAAAAUCGUGUACGCUACAGAACAUAUAUACGAGCUCAGCGGGACCCCAAUGGAGUACCAGGUCUACAUUCGCUUCCUGACAUGUAACGACGAAGGCCUGUACAGGGUAGGACGCGAGACUUUCCGUGUGUUAGCAAAGGCUGAGCCGUGCGGUAUGUUCUACUUCACGGCCAAAGUGGACAGUGUGACAAAGGCUGCAUUUGUUAACCCACUGGAUGGUGUCAUUAGAAUCUCUAUGCUGUACAUACACCCUGAGAACCACAACAUUUGGAGUGUGGUGGAAGUGUGGAAUGACACUAUGAGCAGAACAAGAAGUCCAGCUCGUUGUUGUGUCAUGACUCACGAUGGAAACACGUUCUGGGGUUACGGUGAUAGAGAGUACCAAUACUUUAUGUACCAGAGACAGGGACGAGCUGAGGAUACCUGUUCCGAUGUUAAUCUCGCUGCCAAGAAGACCAAGUUAGUGUUACCGGAGUUGGGGAACAUCAACACAUCCGUGGAACUGUUGGACAUCAGUGAUGAUAUACAGAACAUCAUAAACAUAUUGGAUGAACUGAAAAAGCCAUGGCCAUCUGCUUCAGGCUCUCCAAAACUCAAUGUCUUCACUGUCCCUUUCUUGACAUUCAUCAUGGCAGCUACUAUGUCGGAGCAGUUGUACUAACAUUGAGAGCGAACCUAUCCCAUUUGCUGUAACAAUUAAAUGUAACAUACCCACACAGUUAAUAAACUGUGAUUUUAUUCAUGUGUCUAUAAAUGCGCUGGUUAAUUGUGUCAAGUCAAUAAGACUGAGUGAAAGCAAUGAAGCCUUAUUAAGAGACAACUCAAGUUUAAUGAAACGAUUCAAGUAAACGUAGACUACAGACAAUUGUAUCUGGGGGAAGGAAGGCCAGAUUGAGUAUCACCUUGUUGCUUCUGCUGGUCUGUAAGAAUACAGAGUGUAGUGGGUGUGGAUGAAAAUUAAUGUUUAGCAUGUAAUAAUAGUUUUUGAUAUAGAAUGCAGAAUUGAGCUAUGUGCCUCUCUCUUACUGACUGCUCUUGAGGGUGUGAGUAACUAAGAUGCCCCCUGGGGUAAGAUUUGGUUAAAUAAAAUUUGUUCUUUGCUCGACUUGAA